AUGGCCGGGGCGACAUCGAGUUGGAAAGCAUAUAAAGAAGUUAUCAAAAAGGAGUCUGCAGUUCACGAGCUCUUUGAUCUUCAUAAGCAAUAUGGUGAUAUUGUCCGUGUUGCUCCGAACGAGCUCCAUUUUGGAAGCCCCGGUGCGUUCCACGAUAUCUACCAUAGCAGCAAAAGGUGGGACAAAGAUACGGGUCUUUACCGAACUCCCGGGGUUUCAUCCGGAUCCUUCACAUUUUUGAAGUAUGCACAGGCAAAGGAACGGCGGGAGGUGAUUCUUCCAAUAUUCUCCAAAAAAGCUAUUAAUAGUCUUGAGCAUCUGGUCUGGCGAAAUGCAAACCGACUUGCAUCUUCCAUCGCUAGAACUAAUGCAUCAAAACGCUCCGUCGACUUACUCUACGCAUUUCGAUCAUACACUCUGGACACCAUAAUGUGCUUCACAUUCGGCAACUGCAUAAACGCCCUGGAUGCACCGGCGUUUAGCGACCCUCUAAUUCUAGCCAUGGAUGCUAGCCUUGUCAUGAUACCCUUAAUGAAAAACUUCCCUAUAAUCCGAGACCUUAUCUUCGCCGUGCCACCGGCCCUUGUUAUGCGUCUCAUUCCAAACGCCCAAAAGCUUGCUCCACGGCUGUAUCAAGUCCGGGAUCUCGUCCAGCAGCAGCUUCAAGUCGUCCUAAACUGCCCUUCAAAGCUCGAUACCGUCCCUCACCAGACCCUAUUUCACCGCAUGCUCGACCCGGAAUCAUACCGGAGCAAGGAAGUCCUGAAUAUGACAGAGCUACAUGACGAAGGAUUCACGCUCAUCUUCGCAGGCGCCAACACCGUAGCCGACACCUUGCUCAUGGGUCACUGGCACGCAAUGCAGAACCAGACCUUGCUAGCCCAACUGCGAGGCGAGAUCCUAAAAGUCUGGCCCGACAUCGAAAAGCAGCCGUCCCUGGCAGAUCUCGAAACCCUACCACUCCUUACCGCUACCAUCAAAGAAUCUCUCCGCUUCAUUCCGUCUGGCGUAUCCCUAACACGCGUCGUACCAGCAGGAGGUGCCGUGAUAGCAGGAAAGCUGAUUCCCGGCGGGACGGUGGUCGGAAUGGCUAUUUUGCAUGUGCAUCAGAGCGCGGAAGUGUGGGGCGAGGAUGCGCUUGUGUUCCGACCGGAACGAUGGCUAGAUAGCGCAGAGAAAGCAGAUGCCAGGAAUGGGAAGAGUGAGUUGGAUCACUGGCUCGUUCCGUUUAGUCGAGGGCCGCGCAUGUGCUUUGGUAUGAAUUUGGCUUGGGCGGAGAUGUAUAUCGCUUUUGCGACUAUGAUUAGGCGCUUUGAUUUGACUAUUGAUGGCACUACAGCGGAGGAUAUGAAAUGGCGCGAGUGCAUUGCGGCUUACUACCCUAACAGGCACUUGCAUGCGUGGUGCUGCCCGGUUGGGACUGGAAGGUGA